CAAUAGCAGACGCACCACCUUAUCGACCAGAAAGCCCAGAAAACUCAGAAUAUUUCGAGCCAGAGAUAGAGGAAGAAUACGAGCUGGGAUAUGAGAAUGAAGGAAAUGGGGCCAUCUACCACCGGGGGGCCAAAGCUUUUCCUCAAUCACAGAUUUCAGAAAAUGGAAAAACCGGUCAAUUACUCCAAUACUUUGGUGGUGAUUAUUUAAUAGGAUUACUGACCCGUGAUAAUAUAGUUGCAGAAAAUGAUGAGG